UAAGAUUGAUCAACAAAAACAGUGUCUCUCCAAAGUCCUGCUGGCGCUGGGAGGAGGACAGGGAUCGCUGUCCGGCACGCAGAUGCGAGCUCCAAGAAGAAAGAUGGGGUGACAGGAAGAGCAGCCUCAGAUGCUGGAUGGAGGAGAAAUGAACGGCAGGCAACCAAGACGAACCAGCCGCUAUAUGCACCAAGGUAACCAGUCUGCCUUUAUUCUAGCCUCACGGAAGCCCCGGCUGUGACCAGGCAAAACCACUGCUACCAUUUUCUGCAAAGACAUCGGGGAAUUGUUGCAUGAUGAAAUGACAAGUGCUUUUCACUUUUCUCUCGAAGAGAAACGGGUUGGUAAAAAAAAAAAUAAUAAAAGCCGACCUGAGCGUCAUGGCUGUGCAAACAGGAGCAUCUUCAUUUCAGCAUUAGGGUGCACAGACUUCCCUCGGGUCGUGAUAAUGGAAGUAAAAUGAGAUUGGUUUGGUUUUGAUACGUUUUUCUGUCCGAUUAUGCACCAGCCGCUGCAGUGACGGAGCGCCUUGCACUCGCUCGACGCCAGUUGAUGCUGAAAGACGAGACAGCAUUCAUGGGCUGCAGCAACAAGACUUGGCAUUAACGGGGACCGGUGUUAUUUCCCUGCUGGGUCUGGUACCGGGUCUACUGAGUGGACUGGACUCUGCAGCAGCCCGGCGCUCCGCUCUGCGGGACCACGGACAGCGACAAUGACUCGGCUGCGCAAGAAAGCGCUCGUCGCACUUUUCCUCUUCACGUUGUUCAUAUUCGGGACCAUGAUGGGGCUCAGGACUCUGAAACCCAGUGAUGGCUUCUCGGACCUGGCUCCAGGCAUGGACUUUGUCGCGGAGAGAUCCGAGAGAAGGCGACUGGACGUGAAAGACGUGGUGGUGUCGCCGGUCCAGUCCCACCUGGCCAGCAGCGACACCAAGGUGGUUUUUACCAAAUCCGACCGAGAAUACAGCAUAUUCUACGACGUGCACAUCUUUUACUACCUGUGGUACGGCUCUCCAAAGAUGGACAGCAAAUACAUCCACUGGGAUCAUGUGUUGGUGCCACACUGGGACCCCAAGAUCGCAGCCAGCCAUGCACAAGGGAGGCACACGCCUCCAGAGGACAUUGCCUCAAGUUUUUACCCCGAGCUGGGACCCUACAGCUCCAGGGACCCAAAGGUGCUGGAGUCACACAUGGCCCAGAUAGAAGCGGCUGCAGCAGGGGUGCUGGUGUUGUCCUGGUACCCUCCCGGGGUGGCAGAUAACCACGGGGAGCCCACUGAGGACCUGGUUCCUGCCGUUAUGGACGCUGCCCACAGGCACAGCCUCAAGGUGGCAUUUCACAUACAGCCAUACAAAGGACGGACGGACCAGAGCAUGCAUGACAACAUCAAAUAUAUUAUUGACAAGUAUGGAAAGCAUGGAGCCUUCUACAGAUUCAGGUCCAGCACAGGGCAGGUCCUGCCUCUGUUUUACGUCUAUGACUCCUACUUGACGCCACCAGAGUCAUGGGCAGAACUGUUGACCAUCAAGGGCUCCCACAGCAUCAGAGGCACACCAUACGAUGGCAUUUUUGUCGCCCUCAUCGUGGAGGAGCGCCACAAGCACGACAUCCUAGCCAGCGGCUUUGACGGCAUGUACACCUACUUUGCCUCCAAUGGCUUCUCCUUUGGCUCCUCCCACCAGAACUGGAAAGCCAUCAAGGCCUUUUGCGAUGGAAACAAUCUGCUGUUCAUCCCCAGUGUUGGUCCCGGGUACGUGGACACCGCCGUUCGGCCCUGGAACAACCAUAACACCAGGAAUCGGGUCAACGGACGUUACUACGAGACGUCUUUGCAGGCGGCGCUGUCGGUCAGGCCGGAAAUCGUCACCAUCACCUCCUUCAACCAGUGGCACGAAGGCACGCAGAUCGAGAAGGCAGUACCCAAGAAGACAGUGAGCCGUCUGUACCUGGACUACCAACCCAAUCAACCAGACCUCUACCUGGAGCUCACCCGCCGGUGGGCUGAGCACUUCAACAAGGAGAAGGACAAGUGGUUGAUGUAAAAAUGACUCAAUUUACGUGGUAGAGGCCUGGACAUGACCACAAACACUACUUAAACUGAUGAUACGCCUUCUUUGCGGUCAUCAACCCAUCUGUUUCUCUCCCUUUAUCAACUGUGAACAUUCCUAUAUGAGGUUUUCCCCAAUCUUCCACUAUACUCUCACCGUUUUUGACUGCCACUAAUGUUUUUGUACAGGAUUAAUAACGUCACAGGUUUGUCUACACCACAGUGUCACAACGGACAGAUAAUCAUCACUACCCGGUUACAGCUCUGUUCAGUUUUCCUGGGCGUUUUUGUGAGAUCAGAGUCAUAAAAUCAUUGCAGCUACAAUAACUACGCUCUGCUGUAAGUUUAGGUGUAUUUUCUUAUUAUGAAAGCCUAUUAUUUCCUGUAUUUCUUUGAAAACAAAUUAAAGACCUAUGUCUGUUUA